AUGCACCCUUCCAAGAAACAUACUCACAACGUUCCUCGCCCUGGCUGCUAUGUUCCUGCAGUAACCUUCUUCGACUCCGAUACAGACAGACUCGAUUUGGAUGCGCAAGCAAAGUACUAUUCAUAUCUGGCGUCUACAGGUCUCACCGGACUUGUCAUCCUGGAAACCAAUGGCGAGACGUUCCUUUUGUCUCGUGAAGAGCGGACGGCAUUACUCGAACUUGCGCGCAAAUCGGUCCCUACGAACUAUCCGAUAAUCGCUGGAGUGAGCGGCCAUUCUACUUCACAGGUGAUUGAGUUCAUCGCCGAUGCGUGUCCAGCCGGUGCCGAUUACGCCCUGGUACUGCCUUGUGCAUAUUUCGGCAAACAGACCACGCCAGCUGUCAAGCAGGUGGCCUUGGCCGAAUCACCCACAAAGACCGGCAUCGCGAUCACCAAGUACGCGGCUGUUACCUUUACUGCUCCAAAGGCCGGAAUUCCCAAUGCAGCUUCGCUCUUGAAACCCCGACAUCCAUAUGAAGCGCCACUCGAGGCCGCCAAAGAAUCAAUCUGGACAGCCAUGGAAGGAUUAGACAAGGAGGAACAGCGUAUAUUGGCUCCGACUCAAACUCGCCCUUAG